AUGCUGCCUAUUGCCUUCCAGACGGCUUACCUCCCACCCAUUCGCUGCUUUGGCCACAUGUCUUGGACCGCCGUUCGCUGCUUUGGCCAGAUGUCUUGGACCACCAUUCAAAGCGAUGCAAGGGACUCGCAAGGCUUUGGACUCAGCGCUGAACGACAAGAUGGCCCCUUCGGCAUCCCAAGCACUGUCUUAAAUAUCAUCUCCUUCGCCUCAACCUAUGCGAUUCUCUCCCUUCAACACUCCAUCCCACUCCUCAUCAUGACUACCAACGACAAUGCCACUGGCGUCACCAGUUCCACACCAAAGAUCGUUUGGAAAAAACAAUCUGCUCACCAGUAUCGCGCAGCAGGGCUCAAGGACGAUCCGCAUCGUGCAUGGAUUAUCGAAAAUCUUUACCCCGACUAUGUCGACGCAAUCAAGUCUGGCCGUAUAGACGGGAAGCGUGAUCAGUAUGCGAAGACGACGCUUCUCCACCGCUUCGACGCGGAGUUUGACUUUACUGGGAAGAACUAUAACAUGGGAGACUUUGCCAAUACUCUUGCUACCAUUUUGAGCAACCAAUACGCCAACACUGACCGUAACCGUCCCGCUGCCGGCGCCGAAACAAUAUUCGAGAAGCGUAACAAGGUGGCUAUUACGGAGGCAGCAAACUCUGCUCGCUUGGCAGCAGCAGCGCAAGGCGGGAGCACGAAAAAUGGUGUUUAUUACCAAUCCGAGCUUAAUCGACUCUUCGCGGAGGCCACUUCAAACGAGGAAUCCAAGGCUGAAUUAGAGGCUGCCGCAGAAACAGAGAACGAGCUGCUUCGUAAUGGGCUGACAGCGGACACCAUUGCAGAGUAG